AUGGAUAAAUUGUAUUCUUUAUAUCACCAAUCACCAAAAAAUCAAAACGAGUUAAGACAAGUAACAAGUUCUUUAAAAAAAUAAAUUUUAAAAAUAGGAAGAAUUGUAUUUGUUCAUUGGGUUGCAUCAAGUAAACGGACUAUAUAUCAUAAAUAAUUGUUCAGCUUUAUAUAAACAUUUUAAAUUUGCUUCAACAGAUGUAACAAGGGAUUUAAAAGAAAGAAGCAAAUACAAUGGGUUAAAAUUAAUGAUCUCCAGUGUCGAAUAUGUUAGUAAUCUUAAUGCAAUGGCAGACACUUUAGAUGAACUAGGAGAAUUAUCGGAGUAUUUGCAAAGCUGUAUUAUUACUCUAGUAGAAGUUGACAAAGCUAUUAGAACAACAAUUAGAGUAUUUGAUUCGAUGGUAAACAAACCUGGACAUAAACUAUAUGGCGCUUUACAAGCAAUUGAAUUAAAUAUUUAUAAAAAUGUUCCUAAUCAAAAUGGGCAGGCAAAAUAA